CCACGCUUGUGGCUUUGAUUGAUGCUGGAAAAAUCGACCAGAGUGCACAAGGAGCUUGCCAAGAUGCGUGACAGGCCCACCAUACAGAGGAAAAACUCCGUCAUGGACAAACAUCCAGAGCCCAUUUUCGAUGACCAUCUCGUUUCAAAGCGGCAUGCAGCUGGAUCGUGGCAAAUGAGCCCAGAAAGGAAUCUUAAGGAGCUCCGCAGCAUUGAGGCCACUAAGCCAGACGGCGAGAGCCCUCUCGCUGGAGACUCUAACGUGAAGCGCGUAUGGUGCGUGACACCCGUACUUCGUUGCAACAGAAGCAGUUGGCUCACCACACCCAAAAGUGGAACACCACAAGCAAUAUCAAUCUCGUCUCCGACCAGCAGAAAUCGUUACGAGCUUCCGCAAUUCCCGUCUCCAACAAGUCGGCACCCAAUCCGUCAAGAGUCUACCAACGAUAGCCAUCGGCUCAGAUCGACCUCGCAUACCCCAGCCACUCCGGCAUCUGUAACGCCGCGCACCUGAGCUCACAGCAGCGCAAGAUUUGACCAUGGUAGUCAUCGAACACUGCUGGCUUCGUAAUCUUUGGCCGG